CGAUCGUCCCUAGGCGUUCCGCGCCUACCAAGCGAAAAAGACAGGAAGUGGGCAGUCUGCUCUGGACAUAUCCGGUGGCGGAUUAUGAAAAGAGGAUGCCAUGCCGUGAGAUUGGGAUGUCCUAGUGGUUGUGGCUCGGGCUCCUUCAUCUUGUCUCGAGCACAUCGGGCAUUGUACACCUUCGCGCAGGUCAGGCGAGACGUUGUUCCUACGCGGCUUGCUAGUCUCAGAACACUCAUGAUGGCUUGGCUUUCUCUUAUUAUUUCUUUUUUCUUAUUCUUUCGGAUCUCGACAAUGUUCGGGGUUUGUUUGGGUCGGGGAAGGGCGUUAAGAGACACAAUAGAGGAUAGUGUGAUAUGAACUUCUUUUUUUAGUAUCUGGUUUUCUUUAACCUUUCACC